AUGGCAGUUUCGCCAUUAAUAAAAUUUUUCUGCCUCAUCAAUGCGAAAACCGCUAUGAUCCCUACAAAUGCUAGCCAAACUCUAAACUUAGAUUGGAUCCUCAAUAACAUCACUGCACAAUCAUAUAUAUACAUGCAUUUCGCCGAAAUCCAAAAUCUUGAAGCUAAUCAGAUCAGAGAAUUCAACAUUACUUACAAUGGUGGCUUACUUUGGUAUGACUUCUUUAGACCUUCAAAAUUAAGCACAACAAUAAUAUACAAUCCAAGAGCUGUGAGUUCUCCUGAUGGAAAAUUCAAUUUCACUUUCACCGUGACCGGUAAUUCAUCUCUUCCUCCUCUAAUCAAUGGCCUCGAGAUUUACAGUCUUGGAUUUUUUACAGCUUGA